AGCGACUUGGUUUAAACCGCGACCUCGCCACGACCCUUCAUCUGUGCAACGCCCGCCCGCCAUGAAUCUGUUCAGACUUCUUGGCGAUCUCUCACACUUGGCCUCCAUCCUCAUCCUCAUCCAGAAAAUCCACACGACGCGGUCAUGUAGAGGAAUCUCGUUCAAGACCCAGGCGCUCUAUGUAACCGUCUUCGUGACGCGCUACCUCGACCUGUUCACCCGCUACAUCUCCUUCUACAACACCGUCAUGAAGAUCUUCUUCAUUGCCAGCAGCUGCUACAUCCUCUACCUCAUGAAAUUCCGCUUCCGCCCAACGCAGGACCCGUCGCUCGACACCUUCCGGGUCGAAUACCUCGUCGGCCCGUGCGCCGUGCUCGCGCUCAUCUUCAACUACGCGUUCACCCCGUCCGAGAUCCUCUGGUCCUUCUCCAUCUUCCUCGAGGCGGUCGCCAUCCUCCCCCAGCUCUUCAUCCUGCAGCGCACAGGCGAGGCGGAGACGAUCACGACGCACUACCUCGCUGCCCUGGGCGCGUACCGCGCGUUGUAUAUCCCGAACUGGAUAUACAGGUACUUCUCGGAGGGCCAGGUGGACCCGAUCGCCAUUGUUGCGGGACUGGUGCAGACGGGCUUGUACCUUGACUUCUUCUACGUUUAUGUCACCAAGGUCUUGCACGGGCAGAAGUUCGAGCUACCUGCAUGAGCAAACACGGAUACGUACCUCGUACGCAUGUAGACGCGCGAAAGCGUGUUGUCUUAAUUAUUUAAUGGACGAUGAACCGCGGCAUGGCUCCCGGAG